CCGGCACUCCGUCCCUCCUCGGUUCCUUCCCCUCGCUUGGACGCCAUGUCGAACAUCGGCUCACUGGACGAAAAGCACGUACCAAUCCAGGCCGACGUGCAGGACGUCGAUGUUGCGGCCCAGUUGACUGCUGGGAAGGAGGUCAUCCUGACACCCGAGGAGGCGGCGCGGAUCAGGAAAAAGAUCGACUGGCACAUCCUGCCGCUGAUGUUCGUUCUAUAUCUCAUACAGUACGCGGACAAGACCACUCUCGGCCAGGCCGCGGUUUUGGGCAUCAUCAAAGACGCGCAUCUCAAUCAGAACCAGUUCAAUUGGCUGGGGACCAUAUUUUACCUGUCAUUCCUGGUUUUUGAGUACCCGCAGAACCUCGCCCUGCAACGCUUUCCAGUUGGCAAAUGGAUGAGCGUUAACAUCUUCAUCUGGGGUGUUGCUCUCGCUUGCCACGCUGCGUGCAAAUCCUUCGGUGCCCUCUUCGCUUGCAGGUUCAUCCUUGGUAUGUGCGAAGGCGCGAUCACACCAGGGUUCAUGCUCGUCACCUCGAUGUUCUACACUCGGGAUGAGCAAACGCGGAGGACCGGAUUCUGGUUUCUAAUGAACGGCUCCGCCAUCAUCGUAAUGGGUUUCCUCGCGUUCGGUACGCUGCACAUCAAGUCGGGAUCAGUCAUGCCUUGGCAAUGGCUGGUCAUCAUCAUGGGCAUCUUGACAAUAAUCACAUCCGUAUUAUUCUGGUUCUUCUUCCCAGACUCUCCGACGAAUGCGCAUUUCCUCACGCCCGACGAACGUGUCAUGGCCAUCGAGCGUAUCAAAUCGAACCAAGCUGGCGUCGAGAAUAAGAAGUUCAAGCGAGAGCAGAUGAUCGAGGCAUUCACCGAUCCAAAGACGUGGUUGUUUGCGCUUUUCGCUGCCAUAGAAAACAUAACAAACUCCCUCUCGAACCAACGCCAGCUGAUUGUCAACCUCUUCGGCUUCACGCCCAUCCAAACGACCCUCCUCGGCUGUGUGGACGGCGUAGUAGAAAUUAUAUCGAUCGCUGCUGGUGUCACCAUUGCUACUGCUUGGAAGAAUGGACGUGGAUAUACCGCGGUUCUGUUCUUCGUCCCAGCCAUCCUCGGUGCAAUCCUGGUCAACACGCUGCCGUCACAUAACCGCGUUGGCUUGCUCUUCUCUUAUUGGAUCUCAAUCACGGAAAUCGUACCGUUUGUGAUCAUCCUGUCCUGGGUGACGUUGACCACGGCCGGACAUACAAAACGUGUGACCGUUAACGCCAUCGUCCUGUGCGCUUACGCCGUCGGUAAUGCCGCGGGCCCGUUCAUGUGGAAGAAGAAAUAUCAGCCACGGAAUCACGUCCCUUGGGCCAUCAUCGCCGCUUGCUCAUUUGCGAGUGGUAUCAUUGCCCUCGUGAUCCGCUUCGUACUCGCGAGGGAGAACAAACGGCGCGACGCUUCUGGGACUACAACGGACAGCUACGACGAUGUUUACCUGACUUCUGUUAAGGAGGAUGGGACAACUACUGAGCGCCAUGUUGACCGCGUGUUCUUGGACUUGACAGAUCGGCAAAACCAGGAGUUCCGUUACGUUCUAUAGUUAGGUAUAUAAUAGCUCAAACGCUUUGGUACUUCGGAUGGAAGGGUCUUGUACUGUCAUACAUAUAAGUUACAGAAACACAUGUGUUACACAGUCGCAACCGAGAGUCGGAAUGUCCAUGACUUGCUCAGAUCAUAGGAAUGAUGCUACCUUUACCGGCCGGCGGACAGCUGCUGAAUUACCUUCCUUGAAGCGAUAGCUAACCUUGUAUUUCUUAAUUGCCACCGCGCGUUUCGACGAAGUCGUAGGGGCGAUUUUGAUCGGUCGACCAAAGAAGUCGACGGGGGGCUAUAACAACUAUGUAUGAGCUCACCUCCGUGCGUUCGCACCACGAUCCGUACCUUGUCGGCGAUGUCCAGCUUCUGUUGCUCCGUCUUGGAACGUUUGAGUGCCGGCCCCGCUGGGUCCGGGGCCUGUACCAGGGUUGCUUCCCCGUCGUCAUCGGCUCCCUCAGGCCUUUCGUCUUCGGCACCAUCGUGGUUGGCAUGUGAGGCGCGGCUACCGAAGUAGUCAAAUCUGCCUGCCUUAGUCCUCUCAAUCGCCUCAGCAUGGCGUGCGAUCAAUUUCGCAUCGAUCUCUUGAGCAACAAGGUGCCGUACCGCGUAACGGGAAACAGACAGGUCCGCGGCGCGUUUGCCUUCGUAGGUUACGAAUACAUCAACCGGUGGAUCGAGUCGGUAAACAAGACGUCCGUCGUCAUCCUUCUCCUGAACGAAACGCAAUUCCAAGGACACCAUGACAUCGACCAGUCGAGAAAGCAGAGCCUUCUCUUGAGGCUUGAUCACUUGACUGUUCACCGGCCGCAGUGGGGGGGAGAUGAUUCUGUUGAUGAGAGGGGCGAAUUCCAAUUGUAGGACCUCGUCGCU